GGUCAUUAGGGAGAACCCAAUAGUGAACCACAAAUUUGAACCGCCUUGUACACAGGGUCUUUCUUUCAUAGAGACAAUUAGCCUUAUAUGGGAAACUAAAAAUUAUACGCACCGGUUACUGGUAGGACCCGAGUGGCGAGUUGUAAGAAGGUUUUUUUAAAUGUUAGUUCUUGACAGUUCGUUGAUAGCCUCCUACGACAACGGAAGGGUACAGCGGUUUUUAAUGGAUGGUGUAUGAUUUUGGUGACAUUUUGCCAUAUCGUAGUGAGUGGUUUCGCGACAGUGAAGUUCAAGAAACCUCAGUUACCUUGAAGUGAAGGGUAUAAUUGGAUCAAACAUGGGAUAUAUUGUUUAAGUAGGAGCCAUUUCUUGAACUCGAACUUUGCCUAGUUGAUUUUAAUGUCUGUCAAUGAUUAAUUCAACCUUUGCUCCCUUAUUAAUAAAAUGGAUAACAUUGAAUGUUUGAUCAACGUUAUAAGUCCCAAAUCUAAAUACAACACAUCAUAACGUAAAGUGAACGGUUUGCAAAAUGCAAGCCAUUGAGAAUGAUCAAGAAAGUGAUACCCUGAGCCGAAAAACGGGUUUAAGUUACCUACACAAUCCAGGCAGUGAACCUCUUCGGUAUAUGACGCUUUCUAAUUUGCUUGAAAGUGCAGCUGCAAGAUACGGCCAAACUGAAGCGUUUGUAUCAUUGUACGAUAAUAGAAGAGUUACCUACACAGAACUUCAUCGAGAUGCUGAUCAACUGGCUUCGGGUUUUCGACGUUUGGGUUUAGGGAGAGGUGAUCGAAUUGGAUUAUGGGCGCCCAAUGGUAUAGAGUGGGUCACUACGAUGUAUGCCGCAGCUCGUGUGGGACUUAUAACGGUGUGCUUGAAUCCUGGUUACGAGGCGAACGAGUUAAAGUACUGCUUAAACAAGUGCGGUGUUAAAGCUCUAGUAUGUCCGGAUGUGUACCGAACCCUAGAUUUUUAUGGCAAGUUGUGCACGUUAAUCCCCGACUUAAGCAGUGGAAACGUCGAAGUUCCCACAUUGAAAACCAUCAUUAUGAUCUCUCAACAGAAACUGAGAGGCACUUUCAACUACUGCGAGGUGUUGGGUAUGGCCGAUGAGACGGGUAUAGAACAGCAAAGCAAGGUUUCCCCAGAUGACAUUUGUAAUAUUCAAUUCUCCUCAGGAACCACCGGGCUACCGAAAGCCGCCUGUCUAACUCAUUUUCAAAUAUUGAACGUUGCUUAUUUCGUUGGAAAACGAAUGAAUUUAGAUGAAUCUCAACAAAAGUUUUGUCUACAACUUCCAUUGUUUCACGUAUUUGGUGUAGUCGGAGAGAUUGCAAUGGGAACACAUUUUGGAAAGACGAUGGUUUUUCCGUCGCCGACUUACAACUCAACUGCGAAUUUAAACGCUCUAGAACAAGAAAGAUGUUCAAUAGUAUUUGGCACACCUACUAUGUACGUCGAUCUAAUUAAUUUACAGAAGAAAUCGAAUAAGAAGAUAUGGGUUACUGAUGCAGUUAUAGGGGGGUCACCGUGCUCUCCAAGCAUUAUAAACGCUAUUAAAGAUCAUCUUAAAAUUCAGAAUGUUACUAUUGUAUACGGUGCGACAGAGAUGACCGGUAUAACAUUCCAAUCGCUUAUAGACGACAAGGAAUAUCGCAACACGGAAACUGUCGGAUACAUUAUGGACCAUGUUGAAGCUAAAGUUGUGGAUCGCAAGGGAAACUUGGUACCUUUUGGUACGCCAGGCGAACUUUGUGUGCGAGGGUAUUUAAUAUCAAAAAGCUACUGGAAUGAUCCAGAGAAAACCAAGGAGGUGCUUUGUGACCGAAAAUGGUACCGAACUGGCGAUGAGUUCGUCCUUCAAGAAGACGGUUAUGGUCGUGUCGUCGGCAGGUUAAAAGAUAUGAUCAUACGAGGCGGCGAAAACAUCUUCCCGAAAGAAAUUGAAGACCUGCUAGGCGAGCACCCUGACAUUUUGGAAAUUUUUGUAAUUGGCGUAAACAGCGAGCGCCUUGGCGAAGAGGUAUGCGCAUGCGUACGACCGAAACCGGGAUCGCAAGUCACUUUGGAUUCGAUACGAGAAUUUUGUAGAGGCAAACUUGCACCUUAUAAAAUACCCAGCCAUUUGGAAAUAGUAGCUACGUUUCCGAAGACCGCAUCGGGAAAAAUCCAGAAAUAUCUACUCAAGGAACAAAUUUGUUAAAUUUCGCAAUAGUCUUUUUGGGGGUUCCACUGGAACACUUAAUAGCAAUAGAAAUACAUCGUUUUUUUUACAUUUUGUUUCCAAAAGAGCGCGGAAACAUAUUUUUCUAUACAAAAAACAUCUUACUUUUUUUUAUCGUAUCUAACUAUAUCAAAAACUAUGGACUUCCAAUAACAAUUUUUUAUUUCAA